UUUUCACGGGGGGACACUUUUCUGUGUGUGGAUUUUAUUUGUAUUUCCUUCAAUUUCCUUUCUCUCAUCGCCGUGAUCGUUCCUUCCUCUCUUCUCCUCCCUCCUCCCUCCUCGUCCCUCCCUCCCGCGCCUGGUGUGUGGAUGUUUGACUGCAGAUUUGAUGGUGGUGCUGAGCAAGCGCGUGUGAUUGAAGGCUCUCGGCCGAAGGGGGGCAUCAGAGCUGGGGCCAAAAUAAUCAACCCGGAAUCCCGCUUCGUAGCCAUCCAUCGCCCAACGCGUCCUUCCACCCUGUGCGCUGCGCUUGUGGAUGGACUGCGCGCAAGCUGAUCGGUGAUUUUUCUGCAGUCGCUGUGAGUCAUUUGUGGUAAAAGAACAAGAAGAUGGCGGACAGGGCUGAGAUGUUUUCCCUCUCCACUUUCCAUUCGCUCUCUCCCCCCGGAUGCAGACCGGCCCAUGACAUCAGCCUAGAGGAGUUUGAUGACGAAGACCUGUCUGAGAUCACUGAUGACUGUGGGAUUGGCCUUAACUAUGACUCCGACCCUUAUGAGAAGGACUCCCUCAUCCUAGAGAAGAACGACCUGCACCACCCGGUCUGCUCCUUUCAGGAUGACUUCCAGGAGUUUGAGAUGAUAGACGAUGAAGACGAGGAGGAGGAGGAUGAUGAUGAUGAAGAGGUGGACCCGGACGCACCCCCCUCACCCUCUGCCUCGCCCCCUCCCUCACCCACUUUUGGCACCCUGAAGAGCCGACCCACCACCCUCAACCUCACCACCGCUGUGUCACAGGACUCACUGAACAACAACAGCAGCCUCUCCCCAAAGAAAGGAAGCUGGCAGGACUCUCUACGAAACCCAACAUCACAGGGCCAUCUGUCUCCUACCCACACAUGUCUGGAGGACGGCAGCCACGUCACAGGCCAGUGCCCGGCCUCUCCGGUCACCCAGGCACCAGGGCCCCAGAACAAAGGUACUCCCCCCAAACACGCAGGGGAGGGCGGGAACUCCCACUCCCCCAACCGGCCCCUCCUCUGUGACAUGGAGGGCAACAGGCGGGAGAGGCCCGAAUACGGUUCAUUUGGUCACCACAAAUCCCACCCCUGUACUGGUGAACACAAAUCCGACCUCUCCGUCCAGAACAGGGUACCUUCUGUGGAUGAACACUCACAAUGUUCUGACACAGAAGUGGACCACGAUUUGAACAGCGACCACAACCUCAAGCACUCAAGUAUCAACCGACGCCCCACGGACACCUACACCAUCACCAGCGAGUCCGCCAUGGAACCUGAGACCGACCCAGAUCCUGAUGGAACCAGCCGCUGCCUGUCCUCCACUGCUCCCAUGGGAACCACUGAGGGAGCAGAUACGCCCUUGUCUGACGAAGAGCUGGAGAAGGACUUUGAGGAGGGGUGCAAUAUCACAUGCAAGGAUAAUCGCUCUUCCUAUGUUGAAUUCCCUCCCAUCGAACCACCCCAACCCGAGUCUUUCUCAACUUACCUGUCCUCCAAAGUGGUCGAUAUAUCUUACAGCUCCGUCAAUGGUCCUUCGGUUCCUCCAAUGCAAGCCCCGGAGAACGACUACACCUCCCCAUCCUCUGACCCAGGGAUAGCAGACAUGAACCAGCAAGGAUACGUGACCUCAGAUCGUGAUAGAGAUCUAAGUUCUCCAGGGUCGGACUCAGAUGUUGAAGAGGAGAUUAAGGAAGCUUUUGCCUGCGGUCCAGUGUCCAACAUGAUCUCCUCAAUUUCAGAAACGGAAAUCGACUUGACCAGUGACGAAAGCAGCAGUGGACGCUCCUCCCAUCUCACCAACUCUAUCGAAGAAGCUAGCUCACCUACAUCAGACCAAGAACUAGACCCGGAUACCGAGUUGGAGCAGGAUAGCGGCAUUGUUGGACUGAAAGAAACCCUCCUCCUCGGCCAACCGGAUCCUAUCAAAGAAGGUUCCAUGGUACCUUCUCCAUCUCCACUGCUGUCACCCACCAUCGCAACCCCAGGCUCCCCGCUCCUACCUCCCGAUUCCUACGAAGGUUUGGAUGGACAGAACUUGGACGAUGACCAAAUUUGCGAGCACCAAGCGGAUCCAGAUGAGACAUUACCCCCAGCAGAACUUUGUGAAGACAGCCUUUCCAGACAGAUGGUUCUCCAGAUAGAACCAGACCAUGGCCUGGAGAGCUUCAAACGUUCCUUUUACCUUCCAGUUGGCCCGAGACUCAUGCCCAGUUCAGAUGACUACGACGGGACUAGUGAAGGAGAGUCAGAUUCAGAUAGUGAAGAUGAUUUAAGUGAGAACUCGGAUUCCCCUUGGCUGCUCAGUAACCUCGUAAACAGGUUGAUUUCAGAAGGUUCUUAUCCAAUCAGCUGCCCAGAAGAAUGCUUGAAAAGGAAACCAUCAAUGUCUGAUACUAUCUCACCAUCUUCAGAUAUUGGAGAUGGAGACCUUGCAGAUGAGGAGGUUGAUGGAACUCAAGACAUCAAGGAAACUAAAAACCUCCCAAACCUGUACCUGACCAAUCUUAUGGAACAGCAAGCAAGGGGAGCAGAGAAGAACGUGCCCAACAGGCUAUGUAAAAACUCAAGGGAGGAGGAGGUUGAGGAGCCCAAUAAUGACUUGAUGAUGCUUCAGCAGAGGAGGGAGCUCGACUCUCCCAGCCUUACGGAGAGCGUGAUCAGUGACAAGGAUGAAGGCAGAGAGACAGACCCCCACGUCCCCGCUCGGUCCUCUGCUUCCAUCGAACGCAUCACGGAGGUCAAGAACAGUCUGACCCUAGAUCUGCCCACCGCCCAGACCAACCGUUGCUUCAGCCUCACCUACUCCACAGACAACGAUGAAGAGGAGGAGGAAGAUGGGGAGUCGUACCCUUACCUGACCAAUGCAAAGAAUCACACGUCUUACAGGCAGAGGGGCCUGGAGUUAGACAGUUCACCGCCCAUUGACCCCAGUGUUCCAGAGCCUGUCCCAUCUGAACACGACCUUCCACUGUGUGACAGAGGACAGCAGCAGAGCGAGGACGACGGGCUGGCCUAUGACUCCAUGAAGUACACUUUAGUGGUGGACGAGAAUACAACGCUGGAACUUGUCAGUCUUAAAAGGUGCACUUCGGUUCUCAGUGAUGACAGUGAGCUCUCUACAAUCUGUGAUGAAGAACCACUAAGGCCCAGUGAUGUGGUCUACGACAGAGAGGAAGAGGAGGAGGGUCACCCUGAACUGAGCUCCUCUGAAGACUCCUCUCCAGAAGCAGACAUGCCUUUCUCUAAGAAAUUCCUCAACGUCUUCGUCAACAGCACUACCCGCUCCUCCAGCACAGAGUCUUUCGGCUUGUUCUCCUGCACCAUCAAUGGAGAGGAGAGGGACCAGACCCACAGAGCGGUCUACAGGUUUAUCCCCAGACAUGCAGAUGAGCUGGAGCUAGAUGUGGAUGACCCGUUAUUUGUGGAGGAAGAGGAGGAUGACUACUGGUACAGAGGGUACAACAUGCGCACAGGGGAGAGGGGGAUCUUCCCAGCCUUCUACGCCACCGAAGUCAUGGGGGCAUCCAAAGAGCUGCUUGGGAUGAAGAGGAACCCAGCUUGGAUGGAGACAUUCUGUGUUCAGUUCUUGGGGUCAGUCGAAGUACCUUAUCACCAAGGAAAUGGUAUCCUGUGUGCAGCAAUGCAAAAGAUUGCAAUGUCGAGGAAAAGAACAGUGCAUGUGCGCCCACCCUCUCUGUGUGAGCUGGAGAUCAGUCUGCAGGGAGUCAAGCUCAUCAUGAGUCUGGAGGAUGAAUACGACUCCUUCAAUGAGUUUGACAGAUGUAGUCACUUCUUCCAGAUGAAGAACAUCUCGUUUUGCGGGUGCCAUCCCAGGAAUAACUGCUACUUUGGCUUCAUCACUAAGCACCCCAUGCUCAACCGCUUCGCCUGCCACGUCUUUGUGUCCCAGGAGUCCAUGCGACCUGUAGCAGAGUGUGUCGGACGGGCCUUCCAGGAAUACUACCAGGAGCACCUGGAGUACGCCUGCCCCACAGAGGACAUCUACCUGGAGUAGAGUGUUGCCGUGACAACCACCAUGCCUCUGCAGAUUGUCAGUCAUGAAGUUGGCCACCAGAGGGCACCGUCAGUGAGGGCUUAUGUUGAAUCUGCCCACAGAGACUGGGAUGUUCAUCUAUACAAUAUGCUAGGCAUUUGACUGACAAGUCCCACCCCUCUCUUUGUUUACGCCCAUCGCCUGGAUGGACGGAAUGCCUGUUUCUGUUCUCUUUUCUAUUAUACAAAACUAAGAUGCUGAGCAGCUCUUUAAAGGGUUUUAUUUUCGAAUAUUUACAAUAUACCUACUGCUGUUUCACUUUUCAAUGCAUGGCUAGUAGGGUUACCGCACACGUACACACACUAACACCAGAACACAUAUCUAAGAGAAUGGCAAACAGCUUGAAUGUGAGUAAAGAACCUGAAGGCUGGUCUGGAAUAAUCUGUACAUAUGUAUUUGUUCAUUAUUGACAAACUGCUUUUGAUUCGGACUGAUAGUGGCAUCGGAACAACAUAGAGAGAAGUGAACUGUCCUUGGUCUAAGCUUACCCUGUGUCACGUACAAUACGUAGUGUGUGUGUUGUAAAUACAUGUAUAGAGAGUAUGCAUACAGGCUCAUCAGACGGGGGUGGGGCAGGUGGGAAGGUCUACAUACCAUCCUGCAGGAGCAGAGAGAAAAGGGUUAACGGCAAACAGUGUAACAGACAUUUUUUAGAGAUUGUACCGAGCAGUCAUCGUCAGUCUGUCUGUAUAUUAGAAACAUUGUACUUUUGUCCACUUUGAAGAUGCACUGCUUGCUGAAUUUCACACUGGGGAGCCAAUACAACAAAAUAUCCAACGUAACUUUACAAACAGUUAAUAAUACUCUUAGCUUAGACACCCACAUACUUUUGACUGUUCUGCUCUGGGUUCAGUAAUAAUACUCUAGCCACCAUAUUUGUGACAUGUUGAUUUCUAUAAGGGAAAAAAACUGGAUAGCAAACACAUUUUAUUAUAUGAUCCAUAAAUACCAACCUGCCCACAAUCUUUGCAGCAAAACUGAAUACAUUUUCUGAAAGUGACUUAGCAGAAGGUUAUCAAAAUACGUGUCGCUGUCGAUUAGGUCAUGUAUAUUAUUAGAAUCUAGACUCAAGAUUGUGUGCUGUCUUUUUAUGUUGUACCAAUAUGUACCUGGAUUUAAUGGCAUUUCAAUGAAGACACACUAAAGAAUGACUAAACAACACCAAUGUCUGUAAUUUGCAAUAAUGUAAGUUCAUGAAUGUUUUUUUGUUGUUUUUUUAGUUUUAUUUUUUAUUUUAUAAAGGUGUUGUCAUGGAAACUCAGAUCAGCUAAGACAUCACAUUUAGGCCAUAUUUGUGUCAUGUGAUUUUCUACAUUCACCAUCCCAUAAUUACAUAAUGUGACUGAGGCAGUUGCCAUCAGGAAACCAUUAAACCCCAUGUACAGCACACUGCAAAACUGAAUAUCAUGAGUUCAAAUGGCUUGAUUUCCAAAUACAUAUCUUGAGUUGAGUAGUUAGAACUUGAUUUAUUUAGUUACUUUGCCAAGAUCUUUGAACUUGUCAAGAUAUCCCUUUGUUUCUAAUUUCUGGGUGAAAAAAUACAGACAGUGGAGUAAGAAAAUAACACUUAAAGAUGCACUAUGAAACUUUUCUGAUGAAGGGCCAACCACCUGUUCAUCUCCAUGGAGAUUGCAUUUGCAUCAAACUUCUGUCUGGCAUUUAUUCAGUUACACAUGUUUUUAUUGCUCAAUACUGGCUUGAGAAGUGAGUGGGGUCGCCUCUCCACAGAUCUCGCCUGAAACUUGACCUGGUGGCAUCAACUGCUUGUCUCCAUGGAGAUAGAUAAGUGUAAUGCCAUAGUAACAUUCCAAUCAAAGUCUCUCUAUGGAGAUGAGCAGAAUGAGGGUCAUCCCAUCCAUUAUAAAAGUGACAUAAUGCACCUUUAACAAAGCUAAUUGAAUAAGUAAAUAAAAUCUUACUCCAUGGACAAAGGUGAGUAGUUCUCAGUUUCAUUUACUUAAAUACAUUUUCACAGUACUUUUCCAGGAGCAUACGUUUAUUCCUAUUUGAGUAAUAUUUGUAUUGAAGUAACAGUACUCUUGAGUAAAAGUUGGUUCCUCUUCCCUCUGUGAUUAAGUCUACAAAUGACAGUAUCUUUAUGUUGAAAAUAUGAAAUGAUUUGAACAUUUGUGUUUGUUGCACAGCUCCUUCAGAUAUGAUUUUAUUUUUAUUUAUUAUGUCUAUCAUUUGAAAAAGAGCAGAUUUUCUGCAUUUCUUCAUAUUUUCUCCUUCCGAUAGCACUAACUUCAAAUUAUGAAUCUGAUGUUACGUCCUUACAAUUACUCUUUAACUUACUUUUACUUGAGUAGUUUUCCCACAUUGUUUUGUACUCUUACUUGUAUAAUUUCUUGGACCACUACUUUGCAUUUCUAUUUGAGUAUUAUUACUCUACCCACCUCUGUCCAUUGACAGAUAAGUAGGAAAAAGUGUAUUGUAACUAAUGUAAACUAGUCAAAAUGGCUCAAAUACAGAAACAUAUUUGAGCUGAAGCCAUGCAUUUUAAGAUAUUCAGUUUUUACAGUGAAUUCGCCAAUUGGUCCAAUGAUCUGUCAUCUGUAUUUGCCUCUGAAUUUACUUUACACCAAGCUACAGCACAGAGCAGCAGGCUUUGAAGACAGGUCCCAUAUCCUCCACACCACAUACAUUAACAAUAACCCAACAACCCGACACAAUCCUCCCUCCACUUAUACCCAGGAGCUAAAGAGUAUGUGACAGACAGCAUACAUAUCAUAUCUUGUAUCUUUGAAAAAAAAAAAGACUCGAGGACUUGUAAGUUUAAAACAAAAAGUACAAAAAAAGCGUUACAUCACUCUGCCUUGUCAUGGGUUUGGUCUUCUGAAUAAAUUAUAUGCUUGAUGUCUGAAAUCUUA